CUUUAUUUUAUAUAUGUAAGAAAUGCUGUGUCAAGUCCAAUAACACUAGGCUAAUAAAGCUUUGUUUCCACAAAAUACUAGGAUAAUAACCACUGUAAAUGUACCUGAAUACUUUCAAUACUGUAUAUCAUCCCAAAUUUAAGUAUUUAGCUUGUAUAUAUCUGUAUUCAGCUGUCGAUUUACAAUUACAGUCAGUUUUUAUUUUUUAUUUCAUAAAUAUACCCUUUCCCCAGGCUGCUACACUGUUUUAUUAUACAAAUACAUUGAGUAUAGACUUGAAAUAACUACAAUGAGCCUAACGCUGUGUGGGAGGGUCUCUGCCCUUGCCCCAUUUUCGCACGACCGUGGUCAGAUGAUUUCUCAUUGGCUACUUCGACUGUUUCGUCAAAAGGGCUCAGCUCUGAUUGGCGGAGGCGUUAGCCACAUGUUCAACACCAGCCAAUGAGGAGAGACCUCAGCGCUUCAGUAAAGGUUUAGUUAGCGAUAGUGAAGCUGCUAAACACGAGAGGAGUUUGUACACCGUAUUUAAGACUAUUCAGGUGCAGUUUUAUCACUGCAAAGGUCGGAUUACAUUCACAGCUAUGCCUGAGAAUAGUAUGGACAAGCCAAACAUAGUUACAUGCGCCGCUCCAGUGAAUAUAGCUGUCAUCAAAUACUGGGGCAAGAGAAAUGAAGAACUAAUUCUACCCAUUAACUCAUCCUUGAGUGUCACAUUGCAUCAAGACCAGCUGAAAACAACCACAACAGUUGCAUCAAGCAGAUCAUUUCAGGAGGAUCGAAUAUGGCUCAACGGCAAAGAAGAGGACAUAACCCAUCAAAGACUACAGUCCUGUCUCAGAGAGAUUCGGCGAUUAGCACGGAAGAGGCGUAAUGAUGGAGACCCUGGUUUGGAUUCAACCGGUUUGUCUCACAAAGUCCACAUCUGCUCGGUUAACAACUUCCCCACUGCUGCUGGACUUGCCUCCUCAGCUGCAGGAUUCGCUUGCCUAGUUUACACUCUGGCUCGGGUGUUUGGCGUCGAAGGGGAGUUGUCGGGGAUUGCUCGGCAAGGCUCAGGCAGCGCAUGCAGGAGUAUGUAUGGGGGGUUUGUGCAGUGGAUCAUGGGACAAAAAGAUGAUGGCAAGGACAGUCUCGCCCAGCAGGUGGAACCAGAGACUCACUGGCCUGAGCUCCGAAUCCUCGUACUGGUGGCCAGUGCUGAGCGGAAACCAAUAGGCAGCACCUCUGGAAUGCAAACCAGUGUAGAAACAAGCUGUCUCCUAAAGCACCGGGCUGAGUCUGUUGUCCCGAGCCGCAUGGCAGAGAUGAUUGAAGCGGUGCAGAGAAAGGACUUCACUGCAUUUGCUGAACUAACCAUGAAGGACAGUAACCAGUUCCAUGCCACUUGCCUUGACACAUACCCUCCUAUCUUCUACCUCAGUAGUGUGUCUCAACAGGUCAUCAGCUUGGUGCAUCGGUAUAACAGGCACUAUGGGGAGACGAGGGUGGCCUACACUUUUGAUGCAGGGCCCAAUGCUGUGAUCUUCACUCUGCAGCAGCAUGUUCCUGAGUUUGUCCAGUUGAUUCAACAUUUCUUUCCCUCGGAUACCAAUGGAGGACAGUUUAUUAAGGGUCUUCCAGUUAACAGUGCUUCAAUUUCUGAGGACCUGAAGCAGGCUAUUGGUCUAGAGCCCAUGCCAAAGGGAAUAAACUACAUUAUUAGUACCAAGGCUGGACCAGGCCCUUGUGUUGUGGAGGAUCCCACUCAGCACCUGCUUGGAUCUGAUGGUUUCCCCAAGAAAACUGAAUGAUGCCCCUGCAGCCCUAAAGUUUCACUGAGCAAUAAUGAAGCUAAUUCAGCAGAAAAAAAAACAAAAAAACUGCAUUUCACAUAUGUAAAAAGGUUUUUAUAAUGGCAACACCAGGCACCUCCUUUGCUAUUAUGCGUGCUAAUAUUUCCCCCUUCAUUUCUCAAAUUGGACUAGUGUGCCUCUCUGUCUUUACAUCAAACUGUAUGCUUCUAUGUUUAUGCAUAGCUCUCCACAGCUCUCAGUAUCUGGAGGCAGUUAUUGCUGUCGAGUUGACGCGUGUGACUAAAGGGUUUGCUCACAGACUUGAGCUUGUGCUGGUAGAUAUGGGGUGCCAACAAUGCACUUUCACCACUUCUAUAUGUCUAAGGAGGUUAUUUUACAUGAAAUUGUCACUUUAAUCAUUUGUUUUUCAUUUUCAUCUUUUGAAAACAUACUGUACCAACUUAAGUGAUGUUCAUAUUAUUCUGUAAAACCAAAUAAAGUAUAUUUUAGUCAA